GAGCGUGAAUGCCUUUGAAAAAAAAAAAAUACAAUAAUGAUGACAGAGUCCCUGUCCUUGAAGUGGCGAUUACAGACAGUAUCAAUUAGAUCUAAAAUGAAAUGAAAUAACUUUGUAUCUGUAUCAGUCAGGAUCCAGUGCUGGGUAGUGGAAAACACACUGGGCCAGAGCUGGUCCACAGGAAGCCAUCAAACCUCCCAUAUAUUGAUAUGGUGGCUCCACCAAAAACGAACAGCUCACCAGUACCAGGAAGAGAAGCCCUUUGUCUCGAUUCUGAGACCAGGAAUAAGAUGAAGGAAUGGAAGUCAAAGAUGGAAAUUUCUGAAGAAAAAGAUUUAGCAAGGACAGCAACAGAAAGACUCCAAAGACACAUCUCCCAGGAAUGUGAGUUAGUUGAAACCAGUGAUCCUGAGGACAAGUUAUUGAGACAUUGGGUAAGCCCCUUAAAGGAUGCAGUGAGCCAUCUCCCUUCCCAACAGAGAGGUAUCAGUGAAAUUAAUCUCAUCCCCAAGAAAGCUACUACAGGAAAGAGAGGCCAUGGAUCUAAUGAAACAGAAAAAAUACUUCCUGCAAGAGAAAGAUCCCAUAGAUAUGUGGUCUGUGGACAAAGCUUCAAACAGAAGUCAGGAUUAAAUGAACAUCAGAAAGUGCAUAAUAUAAAUAAGACCUAUGAAUGUAAGGAAUGUGGAAAAACCUUCAGUCGGAGCUCAAACCUGAUCAUACAUCAGAGAAUUCAUACAGGAAAGAAACCAUAUGUAUGUAAUGAAUGUGGAAAAAAUUUUAAUCAAAGUUCAAAUCUUAUUAUACACCAGAGAAUUCAUACAGGAAAGAAACCUUAUACAUGUCAGGAAUGUGGAAAAGACUUCAAUCAAAGUUCUAACCUGGUUAGACAUAAGAGAAUUCACAGUGGUGAGAAUCCCUAUGAAUGUAAAGAGUGUGGAAAGGCCUUUAAGGGAAGCUCAAACCUUGUCCUACACCAGAGAAUCCACAGUGGAGGGAAGCCAUAUGUAUGCAAUGAAUGUGGGAAGGCCUUCAAUCAAAGCUCAGAUCUUAUUACACAUCACAGAAUUCACACUGGAGAGAAACCCUAUGAAUGUUAUGACUGUGGACAAACAUUCAGUCAAAGUUCACACCUUGUCACACAUCAGAGAAUUCAUACUGGAGAGAAACCCUUCAAGUGUAAUGAAUGUGAAAAAGCCUUCAGGCAACGUUCUCGCCUUACUGAACACCAGAGACUCCACAGUGGAGAGAAACCCUAUGAAUGUCACGAAUGUGGGAAAUCCUUCAGUGGGCGCACAGCUUUUCUUAAACAUCAGAGACUACAUACUGGAAAGGAACUUGAAUGUGAAAAAGCUUGCACUUCUGACUUAGAACUUAUCAAACAACAGAAAAUUCCUAGGGAAGAAAAACCUUAUGAAUGUACUGAGUGUGGAAAAACUUUUCGGGGAAGUUCAGACCUCAUUCGGCACUGGAUGAUUCAUACUGGAGAGAAACCCUAUGAAUGUAAUGCAUGUGGGAAAGCCUUUAGCCAGAGGUCACACCUUGUUACACACCAGAAGAUUCAUACUGGAGAGAAGCCUUAUCAAUGCAAUGAAUGUGGAAAAGCCUUCAGGCAACGUUCCCUUCUUACUCAACAUCGGAGAAUCCAUAGUGGUGAAAAGCCCUAUGAAUGUAAGGAAUGUGGAAAAGCCUUCAUUUGGCGCACAGCUUUUCUCAAACAUCAGAGACUUCAUACUGGAGAGAAAUUCGAAGAAUGUGAGAAAACCUUCAGCAAGAAUAAGGAGCUUAGGGAAGAGCAGAGAAUUCACCAGGAAGAGAACACUUUUAGGUGUAAUCAGUGUGGUAGAACUUUCCGAGGCAGCUCAGACCUCAUCAGACAUCAGGUAACUCAUACAGGAGAUAAACCAUAUGAAUGUAAAGAAUGUGGCAAAACUUUCAAUCAGAGCUCAGACCUUAUGAGACAUCAUAGAACUCACAGUGGAGAAAAACCUUAUGUAUGCACUAAAUGUGGGAAAUCUUUUAGGAGCAGCUCAGAUCUUAUUAAACACCAUCGUGUUCAUACUGGAGAGAAACCCUAUAAAUGCCCUGGAUGUGGGAAGGCCUUCAGUCAGAACUCACACCUUAUUAGUCAUCAGAGAAUUCACACCCGAGAGAAACCCUUUGAAUGUAGCAACUGUGAGAAGUCCUUCAGUGGACACACAGCUUUUCUUAAACACCAGAAACUUCACACUGGAAAGAAAUUUGAGGAAUGUGAGAAAGUCUUCAAACAAGACUUAUUCUAAUAGGUAUCACAAACCUAAUGAAUGUAGUAAAAGUAGGAAAACACCUGAUGGAGACCACAUCUUAUUGCACUACAGAAAAUUUUUAUUGUUGGAUAAACUAUUUAAAGGUAGGAAAACACAGAAAAAUCCUACUGGAUAAAAAACAUAUAAAUGUAAUGAAGUGGAAAAGCAAAAAGCCCUUGGACAUAGUCACCUUUUUUUUUCUGCCUCAGAGUUGAUACUACAGUAUGGCCCCCAAGGAUAUAACUACUUGAGAAUGUUUUCAGGGAUUUCUAUCAUUAUUAAAAACAUUACCAAUCACUUUGGCAACAACCCCCAAACUAAAUUCUUCAUGGAAGAAGUCAUUGCAAACUUGACUUCCUAGUCCAGUAACAAAUAUAAAUCUGCUUUAAAUACUAUAGAGUUAUUAAAAUCUUUCUCUGGGAUGAAUUCUUCUUAAGUAUAUAUUUUAUACAUAGUCCCCUUUCUUCUUCCUUACGAAAGUAUGUUCAUGCACCCAUGAUAAUACAAAUUACAAUGAUCUAUGAAUUGAGAAGAAACAAUAAAAAUGACGUGACUACAGGAUAGCUGAAAGCAAGGAUACAAGAGGAAAGUGAGGUGUUCCCCAGAGAAAGUGAUAACCACAAGUAGUAUCAGGAAAUGGAAGAUCAAGAGAUAAGAGAACAGGAGGUAUUGGGAACAGAAUUAGACUGAGUGCCACAGCAAGCAUUUAGGUGACAUGAGUCAGGAAUUAAAAGAAAGCUUCUCCUUUAAAAGGUCAGCUGAUUAGAGAGAAUGGUUUUACCUUGAACCAGGAUAGUUUAUUAGAGAAUUAGAGAGUCUGAAUAGAACUCUGGAGAGAAGCCAGUCAUAAUUUAAUCUGGUAACUGAUAAUUGGUAAUUAAGCCCUGCCAAGCCUAUCUGUACAAUCUGAUACAGUCAUAAAAUAUAUACUCUGAAUUAAUGGCAGAUUAUAUAUUAAUUUACAUGAGUAAUCAGAUAAGAAAGUUACCAAAUGGGACAAUGUAAGACAAGCAGAAUUUCAAACUCAUAUGUUUCCUCAGUGAGAGUACUUGUGAGAUGCACAGAGGGGUUAAGUGGUUUUCAACUGGGAUGAUUUUUCCCCCUGGAGGACAUGUGGCAAUGUCUUGAGCUAUUUUGGUUUUCACAACUGGGAGGAGUCUACUGGCCUCUAAUGACCAAAGAUGUUGCUAAAUAUCUUACCACUCACAAUCCUCUACAACAAACAAUUAUGUGGCCCUUGUGUCAAUAGUGCCACAGUUGAGAAACCUUGCUGAUAGAUAUUUAGAAUACCAGGGGGCCAUUUAAGCAAGCAUUUCAGUGUGAUGUGGGCAGUGUCAGCACAUCCCAAAAGGAAUCUAGAAUCUAACAGAAAGCCUUAGUUUGAUGAUCUUCAAGAGGCAAUAUGGUGUGAUGCAAGGAGCACAGACUUCAGAAACAACCAGUCAUGGGUUUGAGUCCAUAUGUAUACGCGCAAUAUGUAUUGGCCCUGGAGUAAACUACUUACCCUCUCUGAUCCUUAUUUUCCUCAUUGAUAAAAUGGUGAUAAAAUAAUCUACCUCGUAGGGUAACUGUGAAGUUUAAAUGAGAAAACCAGAACUUACUGUUGACACAUCAAAGGGCAGCUAGAGCUUUAACUGUUUUUAAACAAAAGAGGAAGUAUUUACAAGCAAAAUAUAAGAUGUAUAACAUAGAGUGGUGUCUUGUGGCGUAAAGAAUAGAACCUAGUUCUAAGCACUGGGGGCUACAAGGGGUUCUGGCUUCUCCAGAGUGGCACUGGAACAGUAGUGGAAUGUCUUCUUAUUUGAGACGGGGUCUUGCUCUUGCUCAGGCUGGUCUCCAACUCCUGAGCUCAAACAAUCUGCCUGCCUGGGACUACUAGAGUGCUAGGAUUGCAGGUGUGAAGUAGUGGGAUGUCUUAAAGUGGAAAAGAUCACUCUCACACCAUUCUUGAAAGCUGACUGCUUGUAAGUGAUAUGGUGCAGGAGCUCCAGAAGCCUGUCAACCCCCAUCACCUAACUCAAAGGUUUAGCUCUUUAGUAAUCUCACAUAAACUCAUAAUCUUUUUAAGUGAGAUCUUUACAUAUAUUUGGGGAGCAAAAGGAAUUCAAAAUAGUUAUCAGUGAUAACACUUGGCUGAAAAAUAAAAGAUAAUUAACAUUUUUGAGUUACCCCAGAUUAUAACGAAUCAAAACCUUUGGCUAGCUAGAACAUUUCAGUAUUCCAAUUUAGGAAAGAAAGGAAUUGGGAAUUUAUUCCAAAAAGCCUAUCUCUAAUUCCUUUACCUGUCUUUACAGUGCUGUACAGUGAGAGUUGAUGUUUAUAAGGAUAAGCAGGAUACUUAGAGGGACUUGAAGGUAAUUUAAUGAAAUGGUUUGCAAUUUAUUAAACACCAGGGCCCUCUUUUUUACUCCCGUGUCUUGUAAUUUUAAGUAAUUAUGCUUACCAAACUUCAUCUAUUAAAAAGAAUAAUUAGCUCAUUUUUUUGCUAUUCAGAUGCAUGUAUUGGCAUGACAUAACCAGACUUAGGUACUAACAUUCCAGCCAAAAGCAAACAACGUUUUCAUUAGUCUUAUUACUCUUUUGUGGGAAAAUAUAUAAUUUGCCUUGGGCUUUUUGAAAUAUUAACUAUUACUUGAAGAUCUCAGAUUGAAAACUGUUUCAUUCCUGGUGGAGCUUGAAUCAAACUGAGGGUAUUGGAUUUUUGAAAGCAGAGGGAAAUUUUUGUUACAAUGUGGAAAUGUUUUCAACUGUGAAUGUUGAAAUAAAAGUUAUUCAAGAAAUA